AUGGAUACGGUGGCUAAGAAGAUUCAGUCCGCCAAGAGCGAGCUGGACGAAGCAUUUACCAGCCUGCUAGCAGGCUUCGAGUCUGCGGAAGUUUCUGAACUCAAACGGAAACUGGAGCGAACCGAUGAGGACCUAGUCCUUGUGAACAAGCGGCUCGACCAGGCGCAAGAUAGUGCCGCCGCGGUGGAGACCCUCAGGGGUGAGCUUGCCCAAGCCAAGGAGCAAGUGACGGUAAGCAAGGCGGCCGCUGACAAAGUGGCUGCGGAUUUAACGGCCGAACAGGCCGCCCGGCUAUGUUUUGAAGAAUGGGUGACCGAGGUGGAGCAGGAGCUCAAGGACGCCGCCCAUAAGUGCGAGUCCUAA